ACACACACACUCACACUCACUCACUCACACCGUGAGAGAGAAACAAAUAUUCGAGAGGACUCGAGGAAAGGAGAACCCUGAUAAACGGUGUGUGCGCGUGCGUGUGUGUUUUAUGGUGUAGAUACGGCAGUGUGUGUGUUCAGAGCGAGAGUGUGUGUGUUCAGUGCAGUUAUAAGCCACACACUUGGAUUUUCCAGUAAUUGCGAUUCUAGGAAAAGAGAAAUUGGCUACUGUACAUCACACACACCCUGCAGAGGAGAACACACCGGGACGCGACGUUUCACCUACACACACACACACACACCGCGUUUUUAUAUUCAUAUUGUUAUUAUUGCUUCCACCGAAUAUCGCUCAGGUUUUGUUAUAUUCUUUAUUUCCGGGUCAGUGUGAGAAUUCCUCAGUGCGCGAGGCUUCAGUGCGCGAGCUGUGCGUCAUGAUCUCACCUGGAUGUGUGCAGGCAAGUCACAUCCACUAACUACAGCUCCAUCCUGAUCAACACACGAUGGAUAACAGCUCAGGAGCAGGAGUGAUUUUAUACGCCUCUUCCAGCUCGAGUCCCGACAGUCCGUCUAGCGGAUAUCAGACUCACUCUCCCUCCUCUCAGUCCCAGCCUUCUUCUCCAGAGGAAAUCUGCUCCGACCUUCAGCACAUGACCACAAGCAGUGACCCAAACCCCACCCCUGGCACUUCCUCUUCACCUAAACCCGUCUUCCAGUUCCCCGAACUGAGCAGCACACACAUUACUUCAUCAGGACAGAGCGUAAACGCACAGUUGCUCACAGGCAGGAGGUCAUGCAGUGCUUUUACAAGGCCCGGUGGUAUGGUGUUGUUGUGUAAAGUGUGUGGAGACAUCGCAUCAGGAUUUCACUAUGGAGUUCACGCAUGUGAGGGAUGCAAGGGUUUCUUCAGACGCAGCAUCCAGCAGAACAUCAGCUACAAGAUGUGUGUGAAGAACGAGAACUGUCUGAUCGUGAGGAUGAACCGUAACCGCUGCCAGCACUGUCGCUUCAAGAAGUGUCUCUCUGUCGGCAUGUCCAGAGACGCUGUGCGUUUUGGUCGCAUCCCUAAGCGUGAGAAACAGCGACUGCUGGAUGAAAUGCAGAGCUUCAUGAACAGCCACAACCCCAUGGACGCCGAUUCGGCCACGCCCUCCGAAGCCCUGUCCAUGGACACCACCCCCAGUCCUCAGUGCCACCGGUUAGGGUCGGGCGAGGUGAUCAGGGCCUCGUCUCAUUUCCCAGUUGCUGUGAAGGAGGAGGAGAAGCUGGUGAAGAUAAACGGUGAUGAUGAUGACGACCCUGACACGGCUUCCUCACAGUCUCACGAGUCUCAGCACCACUCUGUUCCUCCUCACAUCACGUCACCUCCAUCCUGCCCCGUCCAGGGCAGAUUCACACUCACUCAAGCUGAAAACAAACCCAAGCUCACAGGAAGUGACAUCAAGACGGAGAUGCCGUGUUCCUGGAGGCCGAGUGCUGGAGUGAAAGUUCUGGCAUGUCCUCUGAACUCGAGUCCCGUGUCCUCGUCUGAUUUCUCCACUCAGCAGAUCUGGGACUCUUUCUCACAGUGUUUCAGUCCUGCAGUUAAAGACGUUGUGGAAUUUUCUCGCGGCAUCCCGGGAUUUCACACACUCCGCCAAGACGACCAGAUCCGACUGCUCAAAUCAGGCACCUUCCAGGUUCUGAUGGUGCGGUUUUCCUCACUCUUCGAUGCUAAACGGCGGACAGUGACGUUUUUAAACGGACAGACGUAUCCUCUGGCGUUUUUGAGAGCUCUUGGCAUGGGCACACUGCUGGACGCCAUGUUUGACUUCAGUGAGAAGCUGAGCAUGCUGGGAUUGGAGUCGGACGAGGUGUCGCUCUUCAUGGCCGUGGUGCUGGUGUCUGCAGAUCGCUCUGGUAUUUCCGACAUGGCCGCCGUGGAGAAGCUGCAGGAUAAUUUAAUCAACACUUUGCGAUCGCGUCUUGCACAACGGCGCCCGAACGACGGCGAGAUUUUCCCCAAACUGCUCUUACGUCUUCCAGACCUGCGAACGCUAAACAGCUUGCACUCUGAAAAACUUUUAGCUUUCCGCAUCGACUCCUAAUUAAGAAUAAAUAAAGGAUUUAACGUUUAUAAAAAAGUGCUAAAUUACACUGUUGCCUUGAAAAGGGAAAGAAUGUAGUGACAUGAUGCCUCUGAAAUUUGCAUAUCAUUAUAAUUGCCUGAAUAUGAUUAUGAGAAUGUAUCAGUAAUCUUGCUACCUGUUGUUGUUGUUAUUGGUCAGAAUUUUAACGUAACCGGACCUCAGCAGCAUCUGCUCUGGGAUUCAGCUCCAUCUUUUCUUUUCAUGUGAUGUUUGUGUAACGUAGGCCAGCGGUAGAUGCUGUGCAGGUAAAACCUCACUCCCCUGAUCUCAAGAGGCGAACUAGCAACUGACGCUAGAGGCUGCAGUCUUUAGCCUCCUCGUUAGAGCGCCCGUCUCCCAUGCCGGGGACCCGGGUUCGAGACCCGUUCGGAGCGGUUGCGAGUAGGACCCAGGGGGUGGGAUUACAUUUACUCCAAAUGACUUGCUAAUGUCUUAGCUCAGAAACCAGUGGCUCAGCUACACGCUAACCCAGAAUGUUACUAGAACAUUCAGUCGGAAUUUUCAGCAAGUUCUGUGAAGGUUCGGCUGUAACCAUUAAAACAACAUCCUGUCCUUGAAUACUCUGAUGAUGGUUGAAAUGUUGCAGGAACGUUGCUAAAUACGAACUUUAGCUAAAUAAUUACAUUCUGCUAGUGCUAAAGUGUUAGCUGAGCUGUUAGGUUACAUGAUGUUAGAUAGCUAGCAGUUUAGUAGCCAUGGAAACUUCUAGGAAGAUGUUUGCUCUGAAACAGGCAGCUAGCGUAAAUCAUUUAAAGCAUUUCACACCUUGUGUUUUUAUAUUUUCACUUUAUUUCAGAUCAAUGUUUAAAAAAAAGACCCAGAUGAUUUUGCCUUAACGCUGAAAAACUCUCAGAAUUGUUUAAAUUGUUUGUUGUUAUUAAUGAUCACAGGUCUAACUGAAUAUUGAACUGUUUUUAUAACAUGCAGAUUUCCUUCUGUUUAAAGGAACAUUAAUAUGAAGCGUAUUCAGGUUUAGCGGAACAUCUGAAACGUGUUUGUCUGAAAUUUGCAACCUCUAAUGUUGCUGUGAAGCUAAUUUAGCCUCAGCUUAGCUAAAUAUCAGCCUCGGCGGAGCUACGUCAGCCUCAGCGUAGCUACAUGUCAGCCUCAGCGUAGCUACAUGUCAGCCUCAGCGUAGCUACAUGUCAGGCCCCGGCGUAGCUACAUGUCAGCCUCAGCGUAGCUACAUGUCAGGCCCCGGCGUAGCUACAUGUCAGCCUCAGCGUAGCUACAUGUCAGCCUCGGCGGAGCUACAUGUCAGCCUCGGCGUAGCUACAUGUCAGGCCCCGGCGUAGCUACAUGUCAGCCUCAGCGUAGCUACAUGUCAGCCUCGGCGGAGCUACAUGUCAGCCUCGGCGUAGCUACAUGUCAGGCCCCGGCGUAGCUACAUGUCAGCCUCAGCGUAGCUACAUGUCAGGCCCCGGCGUAGCUACAUGUCAGCCUCGGCGUAGCUACAUAUCAGCCUCGGCGUAGCUACAUGUCAGCCUCGGCGUAGCUACAUGUCAGCCUCGGCGUAGCUACAUGUCAGGCCCCGGCGUAGCUACAUGUCAGGCAGAUCUUUAGACAAACCAGCGUGGUUUAGAACCCAGGAGCUUUCUAUAAAGGUGGCCAUCUUGGACCAAUGGAUUUUCCCUCAAUUCAUCAUUUCCCUCCUAAAACACAGAGUAAAGUUAAACAGACGGUCCGACUGCAGCCUUAAAAACACAAAAUACAUUAUUAUUUAGCAACGUUAGCCAUGCUAGCAAGAUCCUUACAUGUAGCACUUUGCUGAUGUUUCCAGUUCAUUCGCUUAUUUAGUGAAUUUAGCGAGCCACUAAACUUACAUAAAAAGCUAGCGGAUGUCACGCUAAUCAGCACAUGAUAAUAAUACCGUGAAGCUAGCUGAACUUUCUGCUUAGAAUCUAACUCUCAUGUGAUCCAGAGCAGAAAUUCGAAUAAAUUUGCAUAUUUAAUAUUAACAUUAUAAUAUUUUUUUUUUCUUUUCUCUGAAUCUUCACACAUUAUACAACAUUUUGAGGUUUGUGUAACUUCAGGGUUUUUAUUUUAACACCUAAAUCUUUCUUUUCUUCAUUUUUUUCUAAAGACUAAAUUUUAUUUAAAGGUUUUCUGGCUGCUUCACAUCGCUGAAAGACCACUGACCACCUCAGAGUGGGAUUUAUUUCAGGAAGUGUGUACGGAAGAAUGUUUUCCUUCAAUGUGUGUGUGUGUGUGUGUGUAUUUUGUAUCUGUGUGUCAGUCUGAAUGACGAGACUGUUCUCCGUUCUGUAAUUCAUAGAAAAUCUAUAAAAGGGAAAAGGAGGCCUGGUUUUCGUGUCUUUAGUAAAAUAAAUCAGAUGAUCUGUUUUCUGUGUCGUUCUUCCAGAAAUGAUCAGAUCUGUAAUAUUACAGAUUAUUGAAUUCUUCUCUCUCUCACUCGUCUGGAUAUUUUGUAAAUGUGUUUUUGUUAUAAUUCACAGAGUUAAAAAUAAUAAUAAACAAAAUUGCCUUAUCCGUGUUUUCUGCAUGU